AUGCCACGGCAACCGAAGACGUACAAUGGUGACACGAUCAAUUUCAAACAACUCGCUGCAUUAUUGGCAUUUUUUGAUGCCGUCGAGCGCGGCUCUCAAAGGAACCCCUUUGAUGACAAGUCUUACCACUCACUCUACGAGGCCUUAUUUAGCUGCGCUCUCAUAGAGAAAGAGAGCUACUUUAGCUCUAAAAAGUCGGCCAAAUCGAUUGCAAGACUCGAAAAAUGUGCACGGGCUCUACGAACAGCUGUUCGCCAUGGAGCCACCAAGAUCAGGCGCAAAACGGGCAAGGCCAUCAUCGACCACAUCGCCCAGGUCCUUCCCGGGCCAGAUGGAAGCUAUAUUGGCCCUCUUUUAGAAGACUACGUGAAAACGCUCAGCACCUUCCUCGAGUCCUCGGCCAACGUCGAGAAUCUCGCUAUUAGCGAGUCCUGGGACACGUGUGUCCUUUUCUGUGUUGAGGCUCUUUACCGCUACCUUGAGACGGGCGACCGAGAGAGCGGUUCCUUGUCUCGCGCCUCUCCGGCUCCAGGACCAAGUCUUAGGUCUGGUUCCAUCGCUUUACCCCAGGGUUCAGGUCAAAUCGGUGGUAUGAUGGCCCUCGAGUUCUUGACGUGCCUCAACCUUCUUGUGGCCGCUCCAAACGCGCCGGUGGCGAGGAAAGCGGACAAGAUCUCAACCGUGGUGUUGCAAAUCCUUCAGCUCCGGCAAAUGAAGAUCGGAGAGCUGCAGAAAGUGGCCUUCUCGACCUUCAACCUAGUUUUCCAACGCACCCAAGCCGACGACGUUGCCUUAUCCAAGACGCUGGCCAGGAGUAUGACCCCCCUGGUUUCGUAUUGGUGGCAGCCUCGUGCUCUCUCACGAGACGCAAUGUUGAAUUCUGUCCGCGACGAAAUGCUCAAGACGAUUUACGGGACACAUCUUUACGUCGAGAGCCUGCUUCGGGACGCCACUGAUGAAUCUUUCUUUCAAGACGUCGAGGAUUUGCUGGAUUCGUUGUGGUCCGACUAUUCGAAGCGCGAGGAUCGCGCCCGGCUUCAACUCGAUGAUGUGACGUUCACUGGGUUGCGUCUACCCGAGGACCACCCUUCCACUACCGUCUUCAGUCUCCGUCCGUACAAUCAGGCAGGCGAGCAGAACUGGGCUCUUCUAGAGAAUCUCGCAAUUCUGGAAGCCGCUUACUCGCGGUACGCCCAGCGGGAGCACAGCCAACAGCAUCCCGACCAUGGCCAGCCUCGAAAGAGGCGGCGGGUGGCUGGCAGCGCCAACAGGAUCCUCCAGAAGAUCAAGUCAUUGGAUGCUGCGGUUCGCCUAUCUGCUUUGCAACUCAUACCCUUUCUAGCCAAACGGAAGCCGUUUUCACUAGAAGACAUCUCCGAGGUGAUGGCAGACUUGUCCAAGUCUGUCACUGAUAAACAGGGCGCGGUCGCAUCUUGGGCGAUGAUUGCUUGUUCUGGCUCAUCCUGGAAGCAUCUCUGGCACCUAGGCGUACGAGCCCUGUCUCUGCCGCCUACCAGCCGCGCUGCUUGUGUCCUCCUCCAUUCAGUGUUGGAAGCGAACCUUGUACCCAGACACGAGCUCGCGGAUGAUGUCAAUCAAAUCGUCACAACCGCCGAUAUCAGCGGCCCGUCAGUCCUGGUCGACUCGUCUCUCACUCUUAUGCUGAGCCUGCUGCGCCUCCGCAACAACAUGUUCCCUAAUGCCAUCCUGACUUGUGCGGCAGCUGAGUUGAUAUACGCCUCCUUUCAUGCCACCCACGCAACACCGUUCGAUAUCGUCAACCUUCUGAAGGCUUGUUAUGGUGCCCCACCACUCACCAUGCCAGCGCCACUUCGCUUGUUUGGCGGUUCCAUUUCUCAAUUCUGGAAAAGCCAGGCGGAAACUCAUUCUUUCAUACGGUACCUGCUUCUAUCAGACCAGAAUGACACUGUGGCGCCAGCCAAGGCAUCCGCCACAAGCACAUCCUUGGCCCAUGAGCAACAAGCUGAUCAUCAGCCAGUGGCCGAUCCAUCGGGAUCCCAUGCGGCAAGACGGCUUGCGCUUGAGUUGCUCUAUCCGAAGAUUGAAGAACUGCAUCAGUUGACAGAGUCAUGGCAAAAGCGCGGGGCAGAAGGUGCAACCCCAGUUUCUACUGAGCGGCUUCAGAGCAUCGUCCUCGCAUGCCUCACCGGAGCUCUACUACUACCAGAACUUGUCAACCUGAAUUCAUCCGCCUCCAGAGAUCUUGAAACCACCCUUUUUGGCAUCGUUGAUGCCACGCUCCGAGUAAUAUCGGCCGCUCCCUCGAGCGAAAACUAUUUUGAUCUGGUUUUGACAUCUUCGUCCGCGUACGUCCCCCCGGCCAUGGAAGCCGAGCUCGUGUCUUUGAAGAGAGAUAGGCCACAUCUGCUGAAAUUCUUCGGAAAGCUUUCCGAUGCAUUACACGAGAGGUCUCGCCGAGAAUCCUCUCUCCGAGAUCCCGAUGUUGUUGACAUUGACGACGAGUUCGAGUCGCAGACAAGCCAACAUAGCACGACAUCCAAAAACAAGAUUCUCCCGAGGCGGGAUGUCCUGUUGUCUCAUGCAUCUGAGGCUUUUUACCUCGAGACCAGUCUGCGAAUACAUUUCCUCGAGGUCAUACGUUCAGAUGACGGCGAGAUUGGGCGGGUUCCGGAGACAAUCGUGGACCAACUCGUCGAACUCCCGAACGAGCAGUUUCUAUUUUGCCGUUCCUUCAUGCAGGAGCUCUUCAUGUCGGACGCCAUGGUUCCCCUUGAGUCCGCCAUGAAGAUUCUGGAGACUGCUGGCCGCAUAGUCAGCCGAGACGAGUUUUCGUGCUGCGAAGUAGCACUAUGCACUUGUCUCGGCAUCAUGGAGAGCUUCAUCAGCAUGUGGACCGAUGAUAGCUUGGAGAUUUCAGCCAUGGCAGGGGACCUCUACCAUUACCUGGUGAAGCAUUCUCUGCCGAGCAACUCGUUAUCUGCCGCCGCGCAAGUUCAGCUCUCCUGCCUGCUCCUGCAUCUGUUGGAAGUCAAGUCCACUUAUGCUUCCACCCUCGAGCUGCCAUCCUCUCGGUCAACGCUCAUGAACAUUCUACAAGACGGAGCCAUGGACGUCAAGUACUUCAUUGGAUGCAACCUCCCAAAAAUCUUUGGAUUAUAUGUUCUGAAGACACACGACACCAUUUUCGUUGACUUAUUCAGGCUCUUCGCCCCCCAACUAUUGUAUACAUGGCUGGAGGGCGGCUCAAUCCAAGAGAUCCCGUUCGAGAUAUUUGGAUUUUCGAGCCUCCAUGAUCUACUCCAAGAGGCCCAGACUGAAGCUGCCGCCAUCAUGAUAAUGCGUGGGCAAGAUAAAGAGGCGCUUGAUUUAGCGCAGGCCUUGGGCCUGACGCCCGAGCAAUUGGUCCAGCAGAGCUUCACCAAGAUCAUUACUUACAGCAUCGCGCACGAUAUCAGCAUUCCGGGCGGCGCCGACUAUGUAACCGGAGAAAGUCGGCUCAGGAAGAUCCUAGGGAAGGAAGGGUUCCUCGCAAACAUCCACCUCAACUUCGCCGACAUCAUCGCUACAUUCUUUGACAUUUUUGAUCAAGAAGACCCCAUCGAGAAGGCUUUCCGGAGAGAUGAACGAUUUGCCUACGCGGCCGACGCCAUGGAGGAGAUCAAGAAGCUCGGCCACCUACCCGCUGCCCUUCCUUCAAAUCAGCAGCCGAUGUUCAAAGCAAAGUAUUUGCCGAGGGAGAUUGUCCACCUAUGCAGCCGGACACCAUACGAGCCGGAAACGCUGUGGACGCCCGCCCUUGUCGUUUUCGUAGCCCGCAGGCUAUUAAACACGAUACACCCGGCGCUCGGCCCACUCCACGCUUGCUCCGUACUGCGCAAAAUUCGCGUUCUGAUAUGCAUGGCUGGCGAGCACGCAACAUCGACAUAUCCUCUAGAAAUGCUUCUGCAUUCCCUACGAAUAUUUGUGGUUGACCCGGAGUGCGCCGACGAUGCCCUGGGCAUCACGCAGUACCUCAUCCUCAAAGGAGACAGCCAUCUUAGACAGACGCCCUCUUUCCUCGCUGGUUAUGCCCUCUCUAGUCUCGCCGACCUCCGCGUCUUUCUUGAGUCAAGCCAGUCCAGCACGACACAAGAGAGUCAGUUCAAGGCCACCAUGACCAAGGCACAGCUCUUCCACUCCUGGUUCUCCAAAUAUCUAACCAACUACGACUCUCCUGCGUUCCAGGAUGAGGCACAGAAACGUGCUUUCAGGUCCAUCACACAGUCGGCUGCUCAUAUUCGAGCCUCUGGCAAUGCAGAAAAGGGCACACAUGAAAGUAAUCUGCUCUUGGAAAUCCUCGAAGAUUGGGACCGCAAGAACCAACUUCUGAACGAGCCCGCGCGAGACGUCGCUCUCUCUAUGCUCUGCGGGGUGUUCAAGGUCCCUCCAUCGAGCCGGCUAGAUGUCAUUGAGAGCGAUGACGACGCGUUGAGCCCCAGUGGCUGUUCAUCUGGCGAGGUUCCGGAUGAGCUGCUGCGCGAGUCUCAUCUUAAGGAGUACCGCCGACUAUCGUUAGAGAUCGGCGGCUCGGAGGAGGGGUUGCUGAAUCUCAUCGAAGCGCUCACUGUCAGUGGCGAUUGCUUCACGGCUGGCCUGGCAGAGGCCGCGUUGCGGACCGUCGUCUCAGAUGCCGUGAGCGACGAUGACCAUGACCUUCUCGGCGCCUGCCAGCAGAGCCUUGCCGAGCCGCUGCUGAUUUCGUCAAACUGGGAUCCUUACCGCACACCGCGGUCUGAUGGAUACAAGUCAGUGCCUGAGAUUGUAACGUUGAGGGUCUUGCCCCCAAUUCUUAGCAAGGUCAAAGGAUUCGCGGAGCGGGCAUUCCCCUUCGUUGUUCAUCUGGUCUUAACCUACCAGUUGGACAAGCAGCAGGGCAUCAAACGGCAACUGUCAGAGGCUCUCAAGGGGUGGCUCAACUCCACCUCAGAUUUGGCUAAGGAGAACUUGAAACUUCUAAUCAACACGAUUCUCUACUUGAGAACUCAACCGCUGCCGGGCGAGGCCUCGAUCGCAGACCGGGGACACUGGCUUGACAUCAAUCUUUCAAGCGCAGCGGCAGCUGCCACACGAUGCGGCCUGUUCAAAGUUGCCGUCUUGUUCGUUGAGUUGGCUAACUCGGAAUCGUCUAGGGGCUCACGGCGCUCUUCUACAGUCAGGGAAAUUGAAGAUUCGAGCGAGAUCUUGCUGGAAAUAUUUGAGAAUAUUGACGACCCGGAUGCGUACUACGGUCUGAACCAAGACGCCUCGCUUUCUACCGUCGUGUCUCGCCUGGAGUAUGAAAAUGAUGGAGUGAAGAGCCUUGCCUUCCGCGGCGCUCAGUACGACAGCCAUCUGCGGAGUAGGGAUUCCGCAUCGCGACAGGAUGGUCAAGCGCUCAUUAAGGCUCUGAGCAGUCUUGGUCUUGCUGGGCUAUCCAACUCUCUUCUUCAAACACAGCAAAGCCUGGACGGUUCCUCCGACUCGCUUGAUGGAACGUUCACUACGGCGAGGAAACUGGAGGUAUGGAAUCUUCCAGCGCCGUCAACCAACGACAACUGGGCCGUCACAGUGUACAAAGCAUACCAGAGCAUGCAUCAGGCUCCCGAUGUUGACUCAGUGAGGAGGGUAAUCCAUGAUGGUCUGAAGAGCACCGUCAAGCACCUGACCAGUCGCAACCUCAAUACUACAACACUGCGGCAUCAACUCGGUGCACUUGCGGUGUUGGCGGAGCUAGACGAUGUACUAAACGUUACCGAUCAGUCCGAGCUGCAGAAUUCGCUAGAAAACUUCGAGAAACGGUCCAAGUGGAUGAUGAGCGGACGAUACUCCGAUGUGGGCCAGAUUUUGUCCUGCAGGGAGACCACGCUGAGCAUGUGGAGUCAACAACACAAGUUGAGAGCUACGGGGUUGACUCCGGCUGAUGCUCGUCUUGUCCAAAUCCGUGGCAUGCUACUCUCAUCCGACAUCUUCCGCUUCCAUCGUGCGAACCAGGAAACCUUAAACAUUUCGACGGGGCUCACAGGUCUCAUCCGAACGAGCGAGAUCCUGGGUCUCAACGUCGAUGCUGCGAUCAAAAUGGAGGCGGCUAACUCAUUAUGGGAUCAAGGAGAGAUGAUCACCUCCAUCCGGAUGCUGCAGAACGUUGACAAGGACUCGUCACUCAAGAAACAGACUGUGCCGGUUAGCCGUUCAGAUCUUCUGUCGAAGAUCGGCUAUCAAGUUUCUGUUGCGAGACUCGAGAGCCCGGACAGUAUUCAGAAGAAGUAUCUCGAACCAGCGCUCAAGGAACUUCGAGGCAAGAUUGAAGGAAAGGAAGCCGGUCAGGUGUUUCACCAGUUCGCCAUGUUCUGUGACGAACAACUCCAAAAUCCCGACAGUUUGGAGGAUUUGGCACGUCUGCAGAAUCUCAAGAAGGGCAAAGACGAAGAGGUUGCGCAGCUGAAAGCCCUGAUCGCCAGCUCCAAGGACUCCCAGCACAAGAAUCGGUACUCAAGCCACCUAGCGAAAGCGAGGCAAUGGCAAGACCUUGACCAACAGGAGCUCCGCCGGGUUGAGCAGAGUCGAUCCGAGUUCCUCAGGCUGAGUCUGGAGAAUUACCUGCUCUCGCUGGCGGCAUCCGACGAACACAACAACGAUGCCCUGCGGUUUAUGGCUCUUUGGCUGGAGCAGUCAGAGGAGGAGGUUUCAAACGAGGCCGUUAAGAAGUACAUCGGCAAGGUCCCCACCCGCAAGUUUGCGCCUCUGAUGAACCAGCUUUCCUCGCGUUUGCAGGACCAGCAGGCGCUAUUCCAGAAGCUCUUGAUCGACCUGGUCUACCGCAUCUCUGUUGACCACCCCUACCAUGGCAUGUACCACAUUUGGUCUGGGGCCAGGACCCGCGUCAACAAGGACGACGAGAUGGCUGUCUCUCGGCAAAGGGCGACCGACCGAGUGGCGAAGGCACUCACCAAGUCGGAGGCGGUCGCCAAGAUCUGGCCGGCCAUCGAUCAGACAAGCAGAGCCUACCAUGCGCUUGCCAUGGACCGUGAUCCUAAUAGGUACAAGGCCGGGCAAAAGAUCGCGAUCAAGAACUCGUCUGUGGGCCAGAACUUCUUGAGUAUACUGGCGAGGUACCCUAUCCCGCCCCCGACGAUGCAGAUGGCAUUGUCGGCCAGCCAAGACUACUCGGACGUGCCAAUGAUCCACAAGUUUGAACCCGACAUGUCCAUCGCCUCGGGUGUGAGUGCCCCCAAGAUCAUCACGGCCGUGGGCACAAACGGCCAGCGGUUCAAGCAGCUCGUCAAGGGAGGAAAUGAUGACCUGCGCCAGGACGCUAUCAUGGAACAGCGAGAGGGGAACCUCGGCGUCAGGACUUACAAAGUGCUCCCACUGACUUCCUCCUCCGGCCUCAUCGAAUUCGUCUCCAACACGAUUCCCCUCCAUGAAUACCUAAUGCCCGCUCACGAGAAGUACUACCCGAAAGACCUCAAAGGCUCCCAAUGCCGCAAAGAGAUCUCCAACGCCCAAACCAAGGCCACCGAGACCCGCACCUCGGUCUACCGCAAAGUCACCGAGCGCUUCCACCCAGUCAUGCGCUACUUCUUCAUGGAAUACUUCCCCGACCCGGACGAGUGGUUCCACAAGCGCACCGCCUACACCCGCACAACAGCCGCCAUCUCCAUGCUGGGCCACGUGCUCGGCCUGGGCGACCGGCACGGGCACAACAUCCUGCUCGACACGGAAACCGGCGAGGUCGUGCACAUCGACCUGGGCGUCGCCUUCGAGAUGGGCCGCGUGCUGCCCGUGCCGGAGCUGGUCCCCUUCCGCCUGACACGCGACAUCGUCGACGGCAUGGGCAUCACCAAGACCGAGGGCGUCUUCCGCCGCUGCUGCGAGUUCACCCUCGACGCCCUGCGCGAGGAGGCCGCCUCCAUCCAGACCAUCCUCGACAGCCUGCGCCACGACACUCUGUACCAGUGGUCCAUCUCGCCCGUGCGCAUGGCCAAGCUGCAGAACGCGCGCGGCUCGGCGGCGGAAGGGGAGGAGGGUGAGGGUGGCGGUGAGGACGUCGGCGGGGCUGGGGGCCGCGAGAAGAAGGCGCGCUCCUCCGUCAAUGAGCCGAGUGAGGCGGACCGCGCUAUUGAGGUGGUGAAGAAGAAGCUGAGCAAGACGCUGAGUGUCAUGGCUACGGUGAAUGAUCUGAUCAACCAGGCGACGAGCGUGUCGAACUUGGCGGUUUUGUAUUCUGGUUGGGCGGCAUAUGCUUGA